AUGAAUAAAGCAAAUGUUGUACGACUUGGCGAUGACGGUUAUGGUAUUAAGCCAUGCCUUACGACUCCCUUCAGAAAUCCUACUCCAGGUGCAGAAAUAAAUUAUAAUAAGCUUUUAAAACAAGAAAGAGUUAUAAUUGAACGCUGUUUCGACCAACUGAAACGCCGGUUUCCUAUCCAACAUGUACUCCAUAAUGUUGCGAAGAGCUUGGGCGAUCCUGACUUUGAGUUAGUUGAACUAGAAGCAGAUGAAGAUGAAGGAAAUCAUGAGAAUGACGAACUUCCUCUCCACCAACUAGGAUUUGAUCAGUAUCGAUUUCCUAACAAGGAAAGAGAAACAAUCCCUGGUGAAGGAGGUAUCAUCCUUCUGACCAGCGUGAUAGACAGCUUUAGGGAUGACGAAGAAGAAGAGAUCCUGCGAUCUUUAGAGUGUCCGCCUAGUCCAUGUGACGUCUCGUUCAUCAACGAUAACAUCCUCAUCGACGGUUCUAAAACUUAUAAGGUUCCUAGUGCGACUAAAAGCGUUGAAUAUUAUUAUAUAGAUGGAAACAUAGGAGUUUGCACUUGUCAUGAUGGUAAAUUAGGAAAAUUUUGCAAGCAUCAGGCUGCAAUAUACUUUUACUUUGAGGAAACUGUCAUCAACGCACCUACGGUAACGCCAGAAUCUCGUUACGAAAUGGCCAAACUAGCAUUUGGUGAGAAGUUAAAGAUCUCGUUUGUUGAUGGCCCGGAGAUCUACGAGUAUCCUUCUGAAACGUCAUUAUUAGUAGAAGAAUCGAUAGUAUCGCCGGUUGGUCGCUCUGGUAGUGUUCCUAGUUUAAGUGUUCAUAAGUAUUUUAUCAACUGCCCGAAAAUACCAAAACGUUCAUCUGCAUUGGAUAAAAAUAUUGCUUGGAUUAAAAUCAAAUGGAGAUGUGUUGGUAACCUGUAG